AUGACGGACAUCCGUCAGUUGCUUGCGUCCUUGGAUGCGUCUGAUCUCACUUUCUCCGACCUCACGGCCUUCGUUCGGCUUGCAUGCAUGGCAAAACCAUUCAUUCACCAGUGCAUGACCGACAUCUGCCAUCCACCCACCCACCCUCCAGAAGUCGUUAUACUCCUUCUUGCUGGCGCACUUGGCCAAGACCGACCCACUAUCCUUGCAUGCUGGGUAGCAUUGCAUCAGGUUAUUUGGACUCAUGGUACAGUACUCCCAACUGACAAGGAGAUUGAGGCUUUUAACCGUCAUGGACUUAUGCGUGGUAUUGGAUAUCACGACUUGUAUCCACCGACACGUGUAUGCCAGAGUCCUGAGUGCACGAACUACCGUGAUGGCAAUGAAGUAGCCACUCUCACGGAUGUCAAUAAAUUUCGGGCUAGCCUCUUUACGCUACGAGAUGGCUCCCUCCCGGUCCAUUCGGUAUCAACAUAUUGUCGUCAAUGCCACACCAGAUACUACCCCAACUAUCGGAUUCACAAUGCCGACUCGACACGCAUGUACUAUGCUGGUGUUCCCGGCGUCAUUCAAGCCGCAAGGCAUUUCUAUAUUGAAGCUGUGCUGUUGGAAUUAUUUGCAGCAACAAAAGUCUUCGGAUGGAUGUCUAGUAUGAACUGCGCUCGCAUGUACAACUACGCACUUGCUCAACGGCAUGCCUACAUGUCGAACAAUAGGCGUGCUUUUGACGCUACACUUUCGCAAGCUUUCGACGAGGAAUUUUCAUGGCAGUAUACCCUUCGAAUGCGCGACACUGACGUCCUGAACGGUUUUUUUAUCUACUCACUGCUACUGGAGAAGGCAGAGCAUAACAGUUGCCUCGUUCUUCCCCACGAUGAGCAACAAUGGACCCGAAUUGACAUUGCGCUGAGUGAGCGCAACAAAGAAAUGGAAGGUAUUGGGCAGGAAGCAUACCCGCAUGCCUGUGACUUAUGCUUCAUCGUCAUCGGUGACAACCCAAAAACGAAGAUCCAAGCAGCUGUUUGUGAUGGUAAUAUUAUUGGGCACCCUUGUUGCGCAGUGCACGACUGCAAAGUCCCGCUUAUGACCAACCGUCAUCGUUUCUGUCCAGACCAUCAAGACUUGAACCAGCAGUGCGCGGUCGAUGGCUGUGAUGAGCUCCAUACCACUGGAUCUCGAACAUGCGGCAAUGUGGACCACCAGGCUCUUGAAGACGCCUACUUCAAGCCUGCAAAAGCUCUCUUCCAGCUGCGAGCGCGGCUCAAGAGGGCUGGCAUUACAUUGCCCUUGGACUCUGUUCCUUCAGCCUCUGAUAGUGGCGGUAGUAACUCUAACAGCGCAGACGAAGAUCUCGAGCUUAUCAUGCGGCCUUGUGGGGUGAUAUUAGCGCGGGCUACAUUUUUUGGGUCCGAGGCUGUCUCCGCUGUUAAUGAAUUUGCAAAGACGGUAUUUCCUACUGCCGCAUCAACACCUGAAUUUUUCGUCUUCGACAACAACUGCAAGCUCCGUGCUCACCAAGAUGCUAUUGGUGAUGACCACUUCGCCGCAACAGGGAUGCCUGUGGACGUGUUUCACUUCAACUCGAAACACAAGGAAACUGACACCUACUGUCAGCAGCACUGCAACCCUGCUGCUUUCCCAGAGCUCAUUUCUGGUGGCAAGUGGCAAUUCAAUACCUCGAUUUGCGAACAGACAAAUGUAUGGCUAGGUGGGUAUCAGGCAAUCCUGCGGGACAUGUCUGUACACCGGUAUAACUUUUACCUUGAUGAAAUGAUCAAACGCCGGAACCGCUAUGUUAUCUCAGAGUCAGAGAGACGAGGACAUUCUCCUUGGACGAUUUCUAUGGAUGCUCUGUUUGGCAGUGACUAG